AUGGCCAGCGAUAAUUUUGAGCAAAGGACGGGCGCGUUUCUCGAGUGGUUCAAAAAUCGGCCAGGCGCAACCUUUCACGAAAACAUACAAAUUGCGGACCUCAGAGCGCGCAAUGCUGGACGUGGGAUUGUUGCAACGGCCGACAUCGAGCCUGACACGGUCUUGUUCACCAUCCCGCGCAAGGAUAUAAUAUGCCUCGAGAACUCGAACCUGUUCAAGGAGGUAGACCCGUCCAUUUUCGUCAACAGCGGCUCCGAGCCCCUGGACGAGGACGACGACGAGGCGCAGGGCGCAGGCUCGGCCGGCCACCGCGGGCAAAACUCGUGGACGACGUUGAUCCUGGUCAUGAUGUACGAGCACCUGCGCCGCGACCCCUCGCCAUGGCGGCCGUACCUGGACGUGCUCCCCACCGAGUUCGAGACGCCCAUGUUUUGGUCCGGCGAGGAGGUCGCCGAGCUCCAGGCCAGCCCUGUCGUGGCCAGCAUCGGCAGGGAGGAGGCCGACGCCAUGAUCCGGACCAAGAUCCUGCCUGUCAUCAAGGAGAACGCCGCCAUCUUUGGCGGCGUGACCGAUUCCGAUGACGAACGCCUGGUCCGGCUCGCUCAUCAGAUGGGCAGCACCAUCAUGGCCUACUCCUUCGAUCUCGAGGGUGACGCCGACGAGGAGGACGAGGACGAGGACGGCUGGGUCGAGGACAGGGAAGGCAGGACCACGAUGGGAAUGGUUCCAAUGGCGGACAUUCUGAACGCAGACGCCGAGUUCAAUGCACACAUCAACCACUCGGAAGAAGCACUGGUAGCCACGGCUCUGCGCAAGAUACCAGCUGGCGAGGAGAUACUGAACUACUACGGCCCACUACCCAACGGACAGCUCCUCCGCAGAUACGGCUACGUCACGGAAAAGCACAGCCGAUACGACGUGGUGGAGCUGAGCGCUGCCUCCAUCACCAGCAGCAUCCGUUCGCGGCUGAACUUGGCACCGCAGGAUUGGGACAAGAUCGACGAGGCUAGAGCCAAAGCAAUGUUUGGUGACGACAGCGAGCAGGCACCCGGCGCCAUGGUCGAGGGGGAGGAUUCGUAUCCCCUUGAACGGACCUGUGCGGAUCCCGACGAGUUCGGCCGGCUGCAUGGCACGCCGUCCUUCUCCGAGCUGCCCGAAGAGCUGCUGGACAUGGCAAAGGCGAGGCUCAAGGAGGUCAAGACCAUCCGCCCGGAUGCAGUCCCGGACAAGAAGUUCAGAGAUCGCAUCAUAUACUCUGCCGUCCGGGAAGCCGCCAGUGGGAAGUUGGCCGAGUACGGGUCCACCUUGGACGAGGACCUGGCCAAGCUGCCGACUCUUGGCAGCAACCAAUCCCGCCUGAGGAUGGCCAUGGAGGUCCGCAUCGGCGAGAAGAAGCUGCUGCACGAGGCAAUAGCCUGGCUAGAUGAGAAGAUAGGCGACGGGGGUGCGAAUGGCGGUAUGGACGUCGAUGAACCUGCUUCAAAAAGACAAAAAAGAGCUUGA